AUGGCCGCCAGUUGUUUAUAUUGCGGCUUAUGAACUAAAAACUUGAAUAUAAAAUAAAAUAUCAGGAAUUUCUUUCGCAUAAGCUUCUCUAUGAAUAAAUUCGAUGUAUCGUCCUGUUUAGCAAGCGGCUUCCGUUGUAAGUCGCGAAACUUAAAAAAUGUUGGCCUUAUUGAUGUUAAACAGAAUGAGCAUGAAGCGACGUAGUUUACGUGCUAAAGAGGCUGCAUUUAAGGCCGAAAAGAAGCCGGACACGCAGUCCAUGUACUGCCGGACCUGCCUCAGCGCCGAGGAGCUCGUGGCUAUCUUUUACAGCCCUGGGAUGGAAAAGAAACGAAGUGAGGAAUUGAGACUCGUCACCGGUUUAGAGAUAAUGGAAAAUGACGGCCUCUCACAAAAAAUGUGCACCAGCUGCAUAGAGAAAAUGAACAGCGCCUUACAAUUUAGAAAACAGAGCAAGAAAGCUGAAAAAUCCCUAUUAAAUAUGUCCCUUGGACUCAAACCAAAGAAAAAAUCAAUAUCAAAAGCAACACGGAAAACAGUAAAACUGAAAAGCCCAAAGCUGCAAAAGAUAAAGCAAAAAGUGGAAAAAGAGGAAUUGGACUAUGAUUGUUCAUAUGAUGAUUUUCAGAACGAUGAUGAUUAUCCGGAGGUUCCGGUGCUUGAGUAUCCGGAUGUGGAGGGGAAACCUAAAAUAAAGCAGCUUCUAAAGAAGCCAGGCGUCCGAAAGCGGGUGUCCAUCCCGAAUGCGGCGUCCUACAAGUGUCCCACUUGCAGCAAGGAGUUCCGUAUGAAGGCCACGUAUAAGGCACACAUGAGAUUCCACACCAACUACUGUGUGUGUGAGGUAAGCACUAGCAUAUGUAAACGGGUAUCCAUCCGGAACGCGGCGUCCUACAAGUGUCCCACUUGCAGCAAGGAGUUCCGUAUGAAGGCCACGUAUAAGGCACACAUGAGGUUCCACACCAACUACUGUGUGUGUGAGGUAAGCACUAGCAUAUGUAAACGGGUAUCCAUCCGGAACGCGGCGUCCUACAAGUGUCCUACUUGCAGCAAGGAGUUCCGUAUGAAGGCCACGUAUAAGGCACACAUGAGAUUCCACACCAACUACUGUGUGUGUGAGGCGUGUGGCAAACGUUGCCGCAACAACAACCAGCUGCAAGAGCACAAACGCGCGCGUCAUGGAUUAGGACGGAUACACAAGUGUGCCUACUGCGAGUACAGCUCCGCCACCAAGGAGGCGCUCACGAUUCACGAGCGGCGGCACACAGGCGAGCGCCCAUACAUCUGCGAUCACUGCGGCGCCUCCUUCCACCGCCGGUCCAAUCUAGUCCAGCACAUCGCCAUACAUCUGCCCGAGAAAAACUUCCAGUGCGACAUGUGCCCGAAGCGGCUGAAAUCGCGCAAGUUCCUUCAGAUCCACAAGCACAACGCGCACACGGGCAAGCGCUACGGCUACCUGUGCCCGGUGUGCGCGCAUCGCUUCGAGAAACCCAACAAGGUGCGCGCGCACGCGCGCCGGGUGCACGGACACGAUGCGCGCGCGCCCAUCGUGCGCGUGCAGCUCUAGCUAUGACCAAUGACUGACUUUACGAUUAGAUAACUAAUUUUUUAGUUAUAUGAUGUCACCAAGUUAUAAUAUUUGUUUUUUAUGAAAAAAAAAUUUUUUCGCCUAUUUUGGUGUCCCACUGCUGGGCAAAGGCCUCCCCUCGUUUUCUCUUAUAUUUAUCUAAAGAGAGCUGUCUUGAAAUCGACGAUUUUAUGAAAUCGAUGAAUGCUUUAAAUUCGUCCCUUUUUAUUUUUUACAAAUAUACAAUUAUUUAUUUAAUUUAUAACAAACUUACAAUAAUAAUAUCUGUAAUAUCUCCGGUGUUGCAGGCGUCCGUAGGCUACGGUAACUGCUUACCAUCAGGCGGGCCGUAUGCUUGAUUGCCACCGACGUGGCAUAAAAAAAAUGUAACCUAAAAUUUAAAUUACCUACAAAGAUAAAUGCUUCAAAUUUGUCUCUUUUUAUUUUUUACAAAUAUACAAUUAUUAUUCAAUCAAUAACAAACUUACAAUAAAAUGUAAACUAAAAUUAAAAUUACCUACAAAACUAAAAUUAAUACCUAAAAAAUAAAUAAAACAUAAUGUAGGUGACCUAGCCCAAUAUGCAUAUAUGUGGUAUUUUCUAU